AUGGCGAAAGACGCAGAGGCGCCCAACUCGGUCGACAAGGGAAAGGGAAAGGCUGUCGACGGCGAUGCUGGCAAGCCGAAGGAGGUGAAGAAGGAUAAGGAUGGCAAGCCGCUUGCUAAUGGGAAGGAGGAGGCUGUUGUUGGAGAGGAUCUCAGUGAGGAGGAUCAGCAGCUUAAAAGCGAACUAGACAUGCUCGUGGAGCGCCUGACGGAGCCAGACACAGAUCUGUAUAAGCCGUCACUGGAAGCGAUCAAAGACUCCAUCAAAACCUCGACAUCUUCGAUGACCGCAGUGCCGAAACCCCUCAAAUUCCUCAGGCCGCACUACGAGCCGAUGAUUAAGCUGUACGAACAGUGGGAUGAAGGCGACAACAAGACCUCUCUGGCGGACGUGAUCUCUGUUAUUGGAAUGACGUUUUCGGACGAGGAUAGACAAGACACACUCAAGUACAGAUUGCUAGCACCGACGGCAGAUAUCGAGUCUUGGGGCCACGAAUACACAAGGCAUCUUGCCUUGGAGAUCGGUGAGGUCUACCCAAAGAGAUUAACAAACGAUGAGCCCAGCCAGGACCUGAUCGACUUGGCCCUGGUUCUGGUUCCAUUAUUCCUCAAGAGCAACGCCGAAGCCGACGCCGUGGAUUUGAUGAGCGAACUUGAGAUAAUAGAGGACCUUCCGAAGUACCUGGAUGAGAACACCUACCCACGCGUCUGUUUGUAUAUGGUCAGCAUGGUCAACCUAUUGACCUACCCGGAAGACCAGCAAUUCCUCCGCACUGCACACGAUAUCUACAAGAAAUACAACCAACUCACAAAGGCGAUUGUCUUGGCCAUUAGGUUAAACGACAUCGAGUUGAUUAGCUCGGAUUUCGACUCGACGGAUGAUGUGGCGCUCAAGAAGCAGAUGGCGUUCCUGAUCGCGAGACAACAAAUUUGGCUGGAUGUGCCAACGGACACUGAGGAGGAGCAAGAGAUCGCUGACUGUCUCAACAACAUCAAGUUGCCAGAGCACUUCAAGGCUUUGGGUAAGGAGUUAAACAUUCUGGACCCGAAGUCCACUGAGGAUAUCUACAAGAGCCAUCUCGAGAGCACUAGGGUUGCUGGUACUACAAACACCACCUCCGCGGUACACAACUUGGCAGCCAGCUUUGUCAAUGCGUUUGUCAAUGCGGGAUUCGGAAACGAUAAGAUGAUGUUGGUAGAAGAACAGCAGUCCAGCUGGGUAUGGAAGACUAAGAAGGAGGGCCAGCUUUCAACGGUUGCCUCCCUGGGCACCCUCCUCUUGUGGGAUGUUGAGGCUGGUUUGGACAAGAUUGAUCGCUACACAUACGCCGAGGAGGCCGAGAUUCAAGCAGGUGCAUUGUUGGCCACUGGUAUCGUAAACAGUGGCGUCCGUCUGGAUUCCGAUCCCGCAUUGGCUCUGCUUGGCGACUCGGAUAAGCUUAACCACAAGGAGCCUCUAAUCAGAGUCUCUGCUAUUAUGGGAUUGGGCUUGGCAUAUGCUGGGUCAAACAAGGAUGAGCUGCUGGCGCUGCUUUUACCGCUUGUCGGAGAUACUUCUUUGGACAUGCAGACUUCAGCCAUGGCUGCGUUGUCGCUUGGUCUUAUCUUCGUUGGCUCUUCGAAUAGCGAUGUCAGCGAGGCUAUUGUUCAAACUUUUCUGGAUGAUGACCGCAAGCACCAGUUGAAGGAUAAGUGGACCAGGUUCAUGGCUCUUGGCCUUGGUCUCCUUUUCUUCAAUCGCCAAGAGGAGGUUGAUGUUAUUCUGGAGACACUGAAGGCCAUUGACCACCCAAUGUCCAAGCCGACAUCGGUUCUGGCAGAGAUCUGUGCCUGGGCAGGAACAGGCACUGUGCUGAAGCUCCAGGAGCUGCUCCACAUCUGUAACGACCACAUCGAGGAUAGCGAUGACAAGAAGGGUGACGAGCUAUUGCAAGCAUAUGCCGUCAUCGGUCUUGCAUUAGUUGCGAUGGGAGAGGAAGUCGGCCAGGAGAUGGUCCUCCGCCAGUUCGGACACUUGAUGCAUUACGGAGAGCCCAAUAUCCGCAAGGCUGUUCCUCUGGCCAUGGGCCUGAUCAGCCCCAGCAACCCACAGAUGAAGAUCUACGACACUCUUUCCAGAUACAGUCACGACAAUGAUAAUGAUGUCGCGAUUAAUGCCAUCUUCUCCAUGGGUCUCGUGGGCGCCGGAACCAACAACGCAAGAUUGGCUCAGCUCCUACGCCAACUCGCCAGCUACUACCACCGUGACGCGGAGUCUCUCUUCAUGGUGCGCAUUGCUCAGGGCCUGGUGCACAUGGGCAAGGGCACCCUGUCUGUUAACCCCUUCCACACGGACAGGCAAGUUCUGUCGAGCGUCUCCACUGCUGGCUUGCUGGCGGUUCUGGUCGCUAUGAUCGAUUCCAAGUUAUUCAUUACCAAGGAUUCGCAUUACCUCCUCUACUUCCUGGUCACAUCGAUGCACCCGCGCUUCCUCGUUACUCUCGACGAGAACCUGAAGCCUUUGACCGUCAAUGUACGCGUCGGCCAGGCUGUCGAUGUUGUCGGCCAGGCCGGACGCCCGAAGACCAUCACUGGCUGGCAAACACAGAGCACGCCAGUGCUAUUGGCGUAUGGUGAGAGGGCUGAGUUGGAAGACGAGCAGUAUAUUAGCUUGUCGAGCACGCUGGAGGGCCUGGUUAUUUUAAGAAAGAACCCAGAGUGGGAUGAUACGAGCAGCUGA